UGCUAAUUCCCAUUAAUUUCCUCCAAAUGGCCAUUCUUGUUUUCCGGUUCUCUAUUCUCUCCGUUUUUCUUUUUCAAGUACUCUCCGUCGCCGCCUCCAUUGGCUCUUCGUCGACGGUGAAGUUUCUUCCCGGAUUUUCGGGUCCUCUCCCUUUCGUGCUUGAAACUGGAUACGUAGGAGUUGGAGAAAAAGAGGAAGUGCAAUUGUUUUACUAUUUUGUAAAAUCAGAAGGAAAUCCUGAAAAAGAUCCUCUCAUUUUGUGGCACACCGGCGGCCCCGGUUGCUCCGGUUUAUCUGGACUCGCAUUUGAAAUUGGUCCUCUGAAUUUCAAGGAACAGCGAUACAACGGAAGUCUUCCUCAACUAAUUUUGAACCCCUUUUCAUGGACCAAGAAUUCUAGUAUAAUAUUUCUAGAUUUGCCGGUGGGUACUGGAUUUUCGUAUGGUAAAACUUCCGAAGCUCUCAGGACAGGAGAUUUUGGUCAAGUUCAAACUUCUCAUCAAUUUUUGAAAAAGUGGUUGACUGAUUAUCAUCCAGAAUUCAUAUCUAAUCCAUUCUACGUUGGUGGAGAUUCAUAUACUGGUCUUAUUGUUCCUAUUGUUACUCAUGAAAUAUUAGAAGGAAACAAACAUCUUUUGCCAUUCGUAAAUCUUCAGGGAUACAUAUUGGGAAAUCCCAUCACUAUCCGUAAUUCAAAUAAAAAUUUUGCAAUCCCUUUUGCUCAUAGAAUGGCACUCAUUUCUGAUGAAUUAUUCGAGUCAUUAACGACUAGUUGCAAAGGAGAGUAUGUGAACAUCCAUCCUACUAAUGAGGACUGCUUAAGACAUUAUGAUACCUACGAAAAGAGUGUUUCAGAAAUUUUCGAUGGGAAUAUUUUGUUGCCGAAAUGUCCCUCAGUUUCUUCGAAAUUACAAGAUGUAUCUGCUCGAAGAUCUCUCUACAAAACUCCCAAAGUACUCCAUGAUCUAAAGCCACCAUUUCCAACUCUUGCCUGUCCUACGUAUAAAUACUUACUUUCUUAUUAUUGGGCCAACGACAAUCAAGUUCGAAAAGCGCUUCGUAUCCAAGAGGGAAGCAUUGGAGAAUGGAUAAGAUGUCAGUAUGGAGAUGAUUACAGUUUUGAUAUUGAUAGUUCUUUUCCUUAUCAUGUGAACCUCAGCUCUAAAGGUUAUCGAUCUCUAAUCUAUAGUGGAGAUCAUGACAUGGUAGUGCCACAUUUAGACACUCAAGCAUGGAUUAAAUCUUUAAACUAUUCUAUUGUCGAUGAUUGGAGGCCAUGGUUCAUCAUGGAUCAAGUAGCCGGAUACACGAGAACCUAUGCAAAUAAGAUGACAUUUGCAACAAUAAAGGGUGGAGGACACACGGCAGAAUACACACAAAAAGAAUGUAGCGUAGUUUUCAAUAGAUGGAUAAGUAAUAAAUCAUUGUAAACAAAAUUGAUUGUAUUAUAAAUAUUAUAAUAAUAGAUGUCAAUUAGAUGUUCAUACUUAGUGUCUAUUGACUAUGUGUCAUAUCCCCAUUUUUUAAGUGUUGUCCCUGUAUCUCAACAUUACACAUUAUUAGUGUCUAUAUAAUCCAUCUCCUACUUGUCAAA